GAUUCCUUCCCCAUUCACUCCUUGAAAAAGACAUAAAGAAAUGGAGAAUUCAUCAUCAUCUAUAGCAAAAUGGGAAGGUAUGGUUUCAAGUAGUCUAUCAAAAGCAACUGCAGAUCAAAUAUGGCUUUUGUUCAUAGACUUUUUUAACUUCCACAAAUGGUUUCCCAAUUUGUCUACUUGUUAUGGGGUCCAAGGUACUAAUGGCGAGGUCGGCUGCAUACGUUAUUGUGUCGGUUCCUCGUUACCAAAUGAAGAUGGAGGUGUUGAUAAAGUUAGUUGGUCUAAGGAGCGGUUAGUAGCUGUUGACCCAAACCAAAUGUCCAUGAGCUAUGAGAUGGUUGAUUGCAACGUCGGGUUUAAGUCAUAUCUUUCGACGAUUAAGGUGGUUCCAAAUGGUGCUGAUGGGUGCGUGGUUUACUGGUCGUUUUCUGUUAACCCGAUUGAAGGGUUAACAUAUGAAUAUUUGGUUGAGAAGUAUCAAAAUGGCCUCGAUCAAGCUACCAAAGAAAUGGAGGAUGCCUUGUUUUAGAAGAACUAAUUUUGAUUUUUUGAUGGCGACUUGGACGGCCUUUCCAUCAAGAUCCAAAAGAUCGAGAGUACUGCUAAUUAAUGUAUAAAGGGUCACAAUGUUUGAAUAUGAAAUUACUACUUUUUUAAUUUUUUUAAGGCAAAUGUAUUGCGCUAAGGUUUGUUAUUUGCAAUUCUGGUUCCAAUGGUUAUGUAAUCACUAGACUAGAUGUCUAGAUUAUUUUUGUGA